AUGAUCCGCUCCGAAACUCGGUUUGAUCCAAAGCGCAAGCGAGUCGAUCAUAAAAAGACUCAGUUCGCAUCUGCUACAUAUAAAGAACACGACUAUCCAUAUCGGUUGUCCUUUUACGAUGUCCCUCCAACGCAGGAAAUUAGUUUGGAAGAGUUUGAGACGUGGGCUAUUGACAGGUUAAGAAGUAUGGCCUCUUCAUGUUUUGCCUGGAGUCCCAUUAACCAAACCCAAGUCCUCGCGGAAAUUGAGUCAUGCUCAUUCAGAAACAAAUCUCCUCAAGAGACCGCGGCCCAUCUCGAACCUCUGCUGAAAAAAUACCUCCCGCUAUCCUCCAACUCAUCUGCCGCUGGAGGAGUCGUGGACCAACGUCUGAAAAAUGAACGGCGUAAGGACCACUAUUCACAUUUUAUUCUACGACUGGCCUUUUCAGGGACCGAGGAUCUGCGGAGACGUUUUGCCCGAGUCGAGACUAUGCUAUUCAAACUGCGGUUUCAAGCAGACGACAGCAGAGAACGCAGAGCAUUUGUUGAGAGUCUGAAUUUGAAUUGGGAACUAGUUCAAGAGGAUGAGAAGCGGGAGCUGAGCGAACAAUUGUAUGCCGCAACGCCAGGUUUACGGCGGCACGAGGAUGAAAAUUGGUUCAAAGUUGAUUGGACUCGAGUACCUGAACUGGUGGAACAUCGGACGGUCCUCAUCAGGAAAGGCAAAGCUUAUGUUCCCAUGCGUGAGCAGACUAGCAUGGUUCUUACCGAAUUCGCAACCCGCCUGGAUAAAGGUCUCGAAUUGACCUCUCGGGCCCUACCCCGUUUGGAUGAAGAUGACCGCCUCACCCCGAUCCUCAACCAUCUAUCCAAGAACUUUGCCACACCUGAUGCGGCCUUCUCAGAAUCUGACUCGUCUCUUGCCGGUGCUCCCAUCAACGCCGCCAACAUUGACACGCUCUCUCAGCACUUCCCCCUCUGCAUGAAGCAUUUGCACACAACCCUACGCAAGAACAGCCAUCUCAAGCAUUACGGGAGAUUACAAUAUACGCUCUUCUUGAAAGGGAUCGGUUUGACAUUAGAAGACUGUCUGAUCUUCUGGCGUCAGGGUUUCAAGACCAUCACAGACGACCAAUUCAACAAGGAAUAUCGAUACAAUGUCCGCCAUGCCUACGGCGAUGUAGGAGGCGAUGCCAACCGUCGCGGCCGAGGCUACGCUCCCUAUUCCUGCCAAAAGAUCUUGACGGAACACCCACCAGGAACCGGUGAGGCCCAUGGUUGUCCAUACCGACAUUUCAGCAUCGACAACCUCACCAGCAUGCUACAAGCCACAGGCGUACAUGACCGGGACGUCCUUCGUGGUGUGAAAGAGGAUGUAGAGAAGAAGAGAUUCCACAUCGCUUGCAACCGAGUCUUCGAAUGGGCACAUAAAGCAGAAAUCAAGAAAGUCAAGGACGAAGGAAUCUGGGGGCCCGCCGAACUCGAGACCAUCGUUCAUCCCAACACGUACUUCAAGCGCUCUUACUUGUUGAAGAACUUGGGUAAUCAACCCAAACAGGACGUUAGCAUGGAGGAGUAA